CUGUCCGCCGCCACCGCCUCCCGCCGCUCCCGCCUGCGCCCGCCGCCCCGGCGCGGGAGAGGAGUCGGGGCGGUGCCCGGUGUGGCUGAGGGGGCCGUGUCCGCCCCAAUCCUCUCCGCCCCGGCGCCGUCCGUUAGGGCAGGCCCCGCCUCUUCCGGGCCUCUCUGGCUGGGCCGCCGCCUCCUCCUCCCUCGCUCGCUCUCCCUUUUGUGAGUUAUAGCAACCGUUGCCUUGUGAAUCAAGCGCCAUAGUCACCGUAGUCCUGGCGACUGUUACCCAUCAACAACAACCGCUCCGCUCCUGCUCCUCCUCCUCCUCCUCCUGCUGCUGCUCCUCACCCCCUUCCUCAUCGUCACCCACAACAACAACAACAACAACAACAACAACCGCCACCUCCAGCAGCAACGACAGCGGGAACGCCACCACAGCCCGCCUCAGCCCAGAUAUCACAAUGCAGACAUCAGAGACUGGUUCGGAUACAGGUUCGACUGUGACUUUACAGACAUCUGUGGCUGGCCAAGCAGCAGUGCCCACACAGGUCGUACAGCAAGUACCAGUUCAGCAACAGGUACAGCAAGUGCAGACUGUGCAACAGGUGCAGCAUGUCUACCCAGCCCAGGUUCAGUAUGUGGAGGGAAGUGACACAGUCUACACUAACGGAGCUAUCCGAUCAACAACUUAUCCUUACACAGAAACCCAGAUGUACAGCCAAAACACUGGGGGAAAUUAUUUUGAUACUCAAGGAAGUUCUGCACAGGUGACAACAGUGGUGUCGUCUCAUAGCAUGGUGGGCACUGGAGGGAUUCAGAUGGGUGUCACAGGAGGACAACUCAUUAGCAGCUCAGGAGGGACCUAUCUGAUUGGCAAUUCAAUGGAAAAUUCUGGUCAUUCAGUGACUCAUACAACGCGGGCCUCCCCAGCGACAAUUGAAAUGGCGAUUGAGACACUGCAAAAGUCUGAUGGUCUGUCUACUCACAGAAGCUCUCUUCUCAACAGCCAUCUUCAAUGGCUUUUAGACAACUAUGAAACUGCAGAAGGAGUGAGCCUUCCAAGAAGUACCCUUUACAACCAUUACUUACGCCAUUGUCAGGAACACAAGUUGGAUCCAGUCAAUGCCGCCUCCUUUGGAAAACUCAUACGGUCAAUCUUCAUGGGAUUACGGACCAGAAGACUUGGAACUAGGGGGAACUCCAAAUAUCAUUACUAUGGGAUUCGCGUCAAGCCAGACUCUCCUCUUAAUCGAUUACAAGAGGACAUGCAAUAUAUGGCUAUGAGACAACAGCCCAUGCAGCAGAAACAGAGGUAUAAGCCUAUGCAGAAAGUGGAUGGAGUUGCAGAUGGCUUCACAGGAAGUGGUCAACAGACAGGCACAUCUGUUGAACAAACUGUCAUUGCCCAAAGCCAGCAUCAUCAACAGUUUUUAGCCCCCUUUCAUUAUGUUGUCAUGGAAACAGAUGCAUCUCGAGUACUUCCAGAGUUUGGAGAAGUUGAAAUAUCUUCUCUACCAGAUGGUACUACCUUUGAGGACAUCAAAUCACUGCAGAGUCUUUAUCGAGAGCACUGUGAGGCAAUACUGGAUGUGGUUGUGAAUCUUCAAUUCAGCCUGAUAGAAAAAUUGUGGCAAACUUUCUGGCGCUAUUCUCCCUCUGCUCCACCUGAUGGCACUACUAUUACUGAACCAAGCAAUCUGAGUGAAAUUGAAAGUCGACUUCCAAAAGCAAAGCUGAUUACUCUGUGCAAGAAUGAGUCUAUUCUGAAAUGGAUGUGUAACUGUGACCACGUGAUGUACCAGGCUUUGGUGGAGAUUCUCAUUCCUGACGUCCUUAGACCUAUUCCUAGUGCCUUGACCCAAGCCAUUCGCAAUUUUGCAAAAAGCCUUGAAGGUUGGCUUUCAAAUGCCAUGAACAAUAUUCCACAGAGGAUGAUACAAACCAAGGUUGCCGCUGUAAGUGCCUUUGCCCAGACUCUGCGAAGAUACACAUCUCUUAAUCACCUGGCUCAAGCAGCUCGUGCUGUGCUUCAAAAUACUUCUCAAAUCAACCAGAUGCUCAAUGAUCUUAACCGUGUUGAUUUUGCCAAUGUUCAGGAGCAGGCUUCCUGGGUGUGCCAGUGUGAUGACAACAUGGUUCAGAGACUAGAAACAGAUUUCAAGAUGACUCUUCAACAGCAGAGCACUCUGGAGCAGUGGGCUGCCUGGCUUGAUAAUGUAAUGAUGCAAGCAUUAAAACCAUAUGAAGGAAGACCCAGCUUUCCUAAAGCAGCACGGCAAUUUCUGUUAAAGUGGUCUUUCUACAGCUCAAUGGUGAUUCGAGAUUUAACCUUGCGCAGUGCUGCUAGCUUUGGCUCUUUUCAUCUGAUCCGCUUGCUUUACGAUGAAUACAUGUUUUACUUAGUAGAACAUCGUGUUGCUCAGGCAACAGGAGAGACACCUAUCGCAGUUAUGGGAGAGUUUGGUGAUUUAAAUGCUGUGUCCCCUGGAAAUAUGGAUAAAGAUGAGGGCAGCGAAGUCGAAAGUGAAAUAGAUGAAGAGCUGGAUGAAAAUGGAGAGCCACAAGCCAAGAGGGAGAAAACCGAGCUAAACCAGGCAUUCCAGGUGGGCUGCAUGCAGCCAGUGCUUGAGAGUGGAGUACAGCAGAACCUCCUGAACCCAAUUCAUAAUGAGCACAUAGUUGCAACUACUCAGACUAUCAGACAAUGCAGUGCUACUGGAAAUACCUAUACUGCAGUCUAAUAUGAAACCUCUCCCCCCCUGCCCCCGACACACACCCCAUUACAUUAACCCUUUGGGUUUAAUAUGAAAAAAAAAAAAAAUAAAGAGAAUAAGUCUGAAGGUCGACUGUUGUCAAAUUUUAGCUGUGAUGAACAUUAUUUUAUUGGAGUUGUUAAAUGGAAUGGGUGUAUGUAUUUUGCCAGAUCUGUUUAAAAAAAAAAAGAGAUUUUUUUGUAAACAGAAUCAUUUUACAUUGGCCGCUCAAUAUGAAGAGUUUUCUUAGUAUCAAAUGCAAGGAAGAUUUUUGCAAAGCUUAAUGUUAAUGUUUUUGUCCUCUUAUAAUAAUUUAAUUUUUUUCAUAGUUUUUAAAAAAUAUUUUAAUGUUAAUUAUUAGUUAUGAUGAUGAUUUCAUAUAGAUAGGUUUUUAAUUAGAUGCACUUCUGUGAAAUAUCAAAAGAACUAUUUUCUUUGAUUUACACUGGAGGCAUGCUUAUUUGACAGCAGAUGUAUCAAAUUUGUUAUAAAAGGUGCUUUUCAUUGGACAACAAGAAGACACUAUUUUGAUAAAAUUGUGAGCAUUCAAGGGGAUUUUUUCUAAUAAUGCUGGAGGGCUGGGAAGAUCUAGUUUCUUUCUGUGAGCAAGAAGCGAGUUUAAAUGACGGAAUUGUAACAGAAGGCGGUAAUGUGUACGUCAUAAACGUACCUAAUUAUCUGACCAUCAUGUAAUCAAUGCAAGCUUCCUUUAAAAUCAACAGUUCCAGAUAUUAUUUGCUUACCAAUUCCUCUAUUUUGAAGACUACUGAUUCUAUAUGUGGGGCCACUGAACAGAUGCUUUUGGCUGUUGAGUGGUACUAUAGUUUUUAGAAACUGAAGCUAAAAAAGAAGUGACUUGAUUAUUAUUAUUAUUAAGUGUACGUGCUACUUAUGCUGAACUGGACAUACAGGAAAACAUUCCAUUUGGAUGACUUUCUUCUAUUCCAGGUCUUUUCCUACUAGUGGUUCAAUCUGCUGCUCUUAGAAAAGAUAAUUUAUAGAAUGCAAGGAAUGUAGCAACCUGCAUCAUUUUCCUUUCAAAAAUAUUUCCUUGUUGCUAAAGUGGAUUUAAAUUUUUACAAAAUUAGAUAAGGCAGUGUAACUGGCACACCUCACUUGUACUUAUUCCCAAUUGUGUAGAAUUUGAAUAGGUGGCUAGAUGGACCAUUGCCAUUUAAGAAUGUACAUCAGGGAUCAUUGUACCUCGGCUAUUACAUGGUGCCUUAAACAGAACUGAAGCUAAGACUUAGUACUUUUUGUUAUUCUUAACUCUUUAAUUAAUUCAACAAGGUGUGCCUGUCAUUUUCAAAUUCCCUAAGUAGUAAGGACAGGUUACAUAGCCUUCAAAAGAAUAAAAGGAUUUUUUUAUUAUUAAAUGAUUUUAAUAUCCCACUUAGAAUGACAAUAAACCUAUUUUUUCUUGUUUCUAGCUGGAUUUCACUUUAUUACAAAUAAAAUUUGCUUGGGAAUUUGGAAAGCAAAACUAGCUUUAAUACCAACUUCAAAUGUCAAAAUAGAUUGACCAUAGUCCCAAGCAUGAUUAUAUAUUUUCUAAACCCUUGCCUACUUUUAAUUUUAAAAACUAAAAAGAAAUAAAUGAGCAGGUACAUAAUGCAGUGCAUGUUUUCAAUGUCUAUAUUUUGUGGGGUAUCAGCCAGAUAUUACAUUUUAAUGGUUAAAUAAUGACAGUUUAUAGAGACCAUAUUAAUUGACAUUAAACAACUCAAAUUUUUCUUCUUAAACAUUUCAUUAUGCAGACACAUGAAUUUGCUACACUAAAAUAGUGGAACUAAAUAAGCAAAAAAGAAAAAACCAAAAAAGUGAAGGAGAGCACAAAAAGAUCAACUUUACAGAAAAGACUGUGUAACAGAAUUAGGGAUUCUUUUAUUUUGGUUUAUCCAGUGUGUCUGAAAAUGACUUGUAAAGUCAUACAUACCAAAUGGGAGAAGAGCAUGUAAAAUGAACAGCGUAUUUAUAGCAAAAAAGUUUGUUGCUGCAGUUUACACAUGCUCCAAAUACAGCUGCACAUCAACUAAAAUGUCCUAACGUUACUGGUGUACAAAAUCAAAUUUUAAUUCCUUUGCAGAAUUAGGAGGUGAACCCAUCCUGCUCUUUCUAUGUAGGCAUAAUUCCUACUAAUGUCAGUAGAUGGCUUUUGCCUCAGUAAAAAGUGAAAGUGAGGUUUAUAUUCAUUAUUUCUAAACUCAUAGAUGCACUGAAUCUCAUUAUAUAUUUUGUUCUCACAUAUAUCACUCAGUGUGUCCUGAUUUUUCCUUGGAAAUCAGCACAUCUGUACCCUUCACCAAAAAUGCUAAAACUAAGCUGUGAUAAAUAUUUACUCCCCUUCAUUGUGCAUUAUAAGAUGUUUACAAGUAAAAUAAAGUGAAAUAAUUGAACAUUUUUUUCAUUUUCAGCUUUUUUUAAUACUGUAGUACUUGUUUCAAUUUUUGUGUUGACGGACCUAUAAUGUUUUCUUAUUAUUGUCCUUUCUUGGUUUAAUGUUGGAUUUGUUGUUGCUGAGAAAAGAGUACGAUUGUAAUAGGUAAAUCUAGAUUGCUUAAAAAGGUGGGACCUGAGUAUCUUUCAUUAUUUAGCUCCCCGCUCCACUCAGUUGUUCACUGUUCACAAAGUGCAAAACAAAACUGAACAAAAAUCUGAAUACAGAAAUGGAAUGUAUUUAAUAGCUUCUAAAAAGAAUGAGUUAUCAAAACAAAUUGGAACUAUUCCAAGUUCAGAAAACUGAAUGGAGUCUGUAUUCUUACGCUUAAAUUCUAAAGAUUUUACCAGACAUUUUAGAAAAAGUAUAUUACUGUAAACUGCAUUGUAUACUUACAGGUUUGGGGGUCUUCGGGUUUGUUUUUACAUUUACUGAAAUUUUAAUCAAACACUUAGAUAAAACAUUUUGCACACUCUUGCUAUUUAAUAGAUGGGGUUUAGUAAUCAUUAAACUACAGAGAUACAAAUACCUCAGUCCAUAUUCUGUAAUGUGUAGCAUGCGGUUGCACUGCCACACCAGCUCUGAAGUCUAUUGCUAGUGCUCUGGAGAGGUGUAGAGCGUAUCCACAGGACGGACAUAAUAUGAGAGUUGACAUGGUUUAUGUGUUUUAUCUAGUCUUGACAUGGAAUCCAAAAUAAUUAUUUCAGAGGCAUUUCCCCCAUUAGCACAAACAGCACAGUGAGCACUGUGGGGGAAUGGGUAUUGUUGAACUACCUUUUCAAAACACAGGGCCCAAUUUUCAAAAGUUUUAUUAAAAUGUAUUGGUACAUUUUCAUCUUUUUCAUGGUAAAUCAGUUUUAAAGCUUUUUUUUUCUGUUUUCAGUUAUUAUUUCUGUGUUUUGCUCUUGUACUGUAGCAUGCUCUAAGCACCUUCUUUAAAAAAAAAAAAAGUUCCAUAAAAAUUUGGAAAACAGAUUUUAAAUUAUUUACCUGUAAAGUGAUGAUUUACAGCAUUACUGCCUUUAGUUCAAAAAUAAGAAAAUAGAUAAUGUUCUGUCAUUCAGGAAUGUAUAGGUCUAUGUACAAAUUUAAUUUAAAGCGAGGUAUUUUUAAAUAUCUAAACCACUUCUUUUGUUCACCUUGUUUUCCCUAGGAGAAAUGAUCUGAGAUCUUUGUCAUUCUCACCAAUUGACAUCUGCACUGUGUAGAAAAAAAUUUAUAUUGGAGAUGCACUGCAUUCCAAUUUAAUUUAGAAUUUUUUUACAAAAUAAAUACAACCAUGGAUAGCCAUAAAAGUGCUGACGAAAAAUAGAUUUAUUAGUAAUAUAAGCAUGAUUUGGUACUGAUACACAACAAUAAUUGUGGAGUUUAAAACAGUCAUUUGAGACCACAGUAUGAAUUUCUGAAAAUUGGGCCCUUGUCUCUCUAACAGGACAUCCUCUUUGUAUAUGGUUUAAAACAAAUCAAUAAAUGGAAUUCUAGUAUCUCUGCUAAUUUGUUUGGUGAUUUAAGACAAACAAACAAUAAAAACUGGAAUAGAAGCAUAAACACACAGUGCUUAGUUCUAGUAUUAGAAUAUUAAUUUGAUAUAAUGCCUUGCAUUAACCCUUUGAGCAUUGUAAGUGACAUGAUGGGAACAAAGCUUUUUAGAUAAUUUAAUUAGCCCAUUGAGCAUAUACUUUGAAAUAGCUGAUAGUGUUGUAGAAUUUGUUUUUAUUAUUUCUAAACAAAAUACUUGCAUACUACACGGGAAUGGUUUUGUUGUAGGAGGCUCAAAAGAUGUAGGCAAAAUAUUCACUGCCAUUGAUGUGUACUGUCUAAUAGAAGAACAGUACUUCAGCUCCCUUGUUUGUUAAUCAUAAUUGCGUAUAUAUUGCAAAUAUAUAAAGAAAAUCAAACAUGUUUCUACAGAUAUUAAGUUGUCUACUUUAAGAUGCCUUUAGAACAUAAAGGUUUAGAAAAUAUAUUCAGACUAUUCUGAAAAUCUCCUGAGGUAGGUUAGUAUUGGAAUACUCUGGUACAGUAAAAGAGAAUCUUUAGGAUUAAAAGAAGGCUUAGUGAAGAAGAAUAAAUUUUGCGGAAUACUCGGUAUGUUUGCAUUGAAAUUUUUGGCAGUGGUUUUGAUAAACUAGAACAAAAAAUGCAUGAUUGUAUCGGUAUUUCUUUUAAAACCCAGUCACCGCAAUAAUGACUACCUAAAAGAUGAACGUGUUUCAUUCAUCUUCAUCUACAGGGGUAGAGUUUGGAUGGCCCUUAUUGAAUGUCAGCAUUUUAAAAGCAACCUAGAAAUUGCACAAGCCUUUUGCCAUUUUAAAAAGCCCCUUUGUUCUUACAGAUGCUGCUUACAAGAACAAGGGAACAAGUGUGGUAGCAAGUAGAGAUUCUUUGAACUUACAGAUAGAAACACCACCUUACUAAGUGAGAGUACAAUACAUUUUCUACUGGUUUCUUGCAAUAUCAAUCAGUCAGCAAACACUAAAUACAGCUGUACUUAUUUAAGUCCAGCUGAGGGCAAAAAAAAAGGGUCUCAUUUUAAGUUAUUUAAUGGAAUUAUGUCAGUAGUAUAGUGCAAGUAAAUUGUAAACAUUUUUAGUCAGUUAAUGCAAAUUCAUGCAUAAUUAAUUAACAUAAAUGCAAUACUCAAAGGGUUUUAAUUUAACAACUUUUUUAAUUCAUAAUUUACUGUAAAUGCUUCUGAGUUUGCAUGCCUUGAUCAUUGCUGCUAGUGAUUUUAUGUGCCAGUAGACCUGAGUUUAAUUUACCAGUUUAACUAAGAAAUAGUAAAAGCCACUUACAAAGUGACUGCCUAGUGUUUGUUUGAAGUAAAAUAUGCCUUAGUUUGAAAAGGAUCAUUUUAACUCUUCUUUUAUUCUGAUUUUUUUUCCUUUUCCUGUUGAAAAAAUAAAUUGGCAUUUUGGGAUUGGAAGCCCUGAGUAGUUAAAUAUUUGGUAAGAAUUGUUCUUGUAGAUUGCUCAUUAAGGCUGAAAUUCACUGUAGAAAAGAAGGCCCAGAACGAGUCUAUGAGCAUCAAAUGAGCCUCACUUAAAUCUGAAUCAGUAAAAUGUUUUUUGUAUGUUCUUAAGCACUUUCUUGAUCAUGGUGCAAACAUCUUACAGGAGUUUUCAGUUCUGGAUUAAUUUUACUCUGAAAUAAUAAAUAUCUUCGUUAGAGGAAUUUAGGCUUCGGAGGAACAACCCCACAUGGAUUGGUAUUUACCAGGAAAUUUACUCAGUUCAAUUCUUUUUGACUCAUUGAUACCAGCAAGAGCUUUUUAUACAAAGAAUACUUAAAGGGUUUCCCAAGUGAAGUUUCCUUCAAUACAAUAUUAAAGUGAUUGCCUUGUAUUUAAACAUUAAAUAUCCAUCUUAAAGCAACCCAAUUAAGCAAUUUAAAAUAUGCUAGGAAAAUAUCACUUUGUACCAAAGCAAGUUGCCCAUCUCCACUCAUCUUCACUGAAAAUUUGGAUUUACAGUUAAUAACCAAUGAGGCUGUUAAAGAAACUUUGAGUGCCUUUCAAAAACUUGGAAAAUUGUGCCUGAGAUGGUAAACUUUAAUUAGGUUAAUUCUAGAGCUACCAAUCAGUAAUUUUAUCAUCACUCAGGGCUUUCUUACCUUCUAGGAAAGUUCCUUUGUUGCAUUUAUUUUAUACUGUAUUUUUUUUUAAGUGCCAUCAUUUAAAUUUCACUUAGUAAGUGGCAGAUGACAUUAUUCAGUCCCACAGCACAGAAACAUCACAACACUAGGACAUAUUCAAACUUUUUUUUUCCAGUUGACUGAAUAUAUUAUGUAAAUGAGGUAAGCAACUUUUUGUAGAUUGUAUGUGUGAGAUAAUGUAAUGUUCUUUUCCAGUUUUUGGACUACAGUUGAAUAUACUUUUUAAUUAUUUAAAGAAGACAUCUUUACAGCAUAACGUGAUGGUUUUUUUGUAUAAUGUAUUUGAUUUUGUAAAUACGUAUUUCCUGAUGUGAUUUUUGUGAGAAAUGCUAAAUCUUUUAGUAUAUCAUGUCCUCUCAAAACUGGCAGGAGCUAAAUAAUAGUUUGUGGGCAAUUUGUAUUGUGUACUGUACAAUAACUGGGGAACUUUUAUAAUUAUAAAAAUAUAUAUUAACUUUUAGUGUGUUGUUUAAAAAAAUGACUGGAACAUACUAAAGACAGUAGGAUUUUUCUGAAUAUUUCAGACUUGAACUCAGGCUAGCUUUCUUGUGUUUUUCAAAACAAAAUU